AUUCUACCAAUUGGAUAAACUUCCAUGGCAGAUACCUUCAAGAAUCUUAAUUCAACAACAAAACUACAUGAUUCAACCAACCAAGGAUACAUUCUUCCAGCCUGUGAUUUUCCAAAAACAAAUCACAAAAUUGUCAACCAACCAGCAACUUGUGAUUAUUUUACUCCAUUAUAUGCCAGCAUUCAAAGUCAACCAUUUUUGCUGCAGAUUGGAUUGGUGAUAUCCCAAUUUGAUUGACAAUCCAACAAAAAUGUCAAAUGGUGAAGAAGAAACGACACAACUUUCAAACAAAUCCCGCAGCCAUUGUGAUUCCCCGUUCUCUUCAAUGUCUUCUUCAGGAGGAGACCAAUUUGUAGUGAUCAUUUUGGAAGUAUUCCAUUGAUUUGAAAAGUGUGUUUUUUGCAUAAUUUCAUCAGAUUCUGGAAUCAUGGAAGGCUGUAUUCAAAUUGCUGCAAUUUUGUUGAUUUUGGUGAUGUAUUUUGAUCCUCAUUCUUCACUGCCUCUCUGUACUGACUCGAGUGCACCAUUUGCUGCAAAUCAUACUCUGCAGUUUUGUUCCUCGACCGGUGCCACGUGCUGUGAUGAUGCUGAUGAUCUGCAGCUGAAGAAGCAGUUCGAUUCCAUGAACAUCUCUGACUCUGCCUGCGCUUCGCUUCUUAAGUCCAUCCUCUGCGCCAGGUGUGACCAGUUCUCGGCUCAGCUCUUCCGCGUCGAUUCAUCAGCUCCUCGCGAAGUUCCUGUCCUAUGCAACUCAACGAUCUCGAAGAAUUCGACGCAGUCUAAUCAAGCCGCGCGCGACUUCUGCUCCACGGUUUGGACUACUUGUCGAAAUGCAUCUGUAUUCGAUUCGCCUUUUAGAGCAUCCGAAAACUCUAGUUCAAUCAAAUUGACCGAUAUUUGGAGGUCGCAAGCCGAUUUCUGUAAUGUUUACGGUGGAGCUUCUGAUGAUGGGCUGACGUGUUUUUCCGGCGAACCUGUCGCCCUGAAUAGCACUGCGACUCCGGCUGCUGCUCCGAGUGGUCUUUGCCUCGAGAAAAUUGCAAACGGAUCGUACCUUAACAUGGUUGCACACCCCGAUGGCUCCAACCGAGCUUUUUUCUCGAACCAGCAAGGAAAGAUAUGGCUGGCGACGAUCCCUGAAGAAGGAUCGGGAGGAACGUUGUUUCUUGACGAAGCCGAUCCUUUUUUAGACCUAACGGAUGAGGUUCACUACGACGUCGAAUUCGGGAUGUUAGGAGUUGCAUUCCAUCCGAACUUCGCUGAAAACGGAAGGUUCUUCGUUUCAUUCAACUGCGACAAGGAGAAGACGCCGGGGUGUGGAGGCAGGUGCGCGUGCAACUCAGAUGUCGACUGCGAUCCUUCGAAACUUAGCACUAACAGCACUGAACAGCCUUGUCGAUUUCACAGUGUCAUCGCCGAGUUCUCUGUCAAUGGAAGCGCGCCUCAGCUUUCUUCGGCGAUGAACGCUAAACCUGAGGAAGUGAGACGGAUCUUUACGAUGGGGCUUCCGUUUACAGGACACCACGGGGGACAGAUUCUUUUCGGCCCCGAAGACGGCUAUUUGUAUCUGAUGAUGGGAGACGGAGGAGGCACCGGAGAUCCGUUUAACUUUGCACAAAACAAGAAAUCUUUGCUCGGAAAGAUCUUGAGAUUCGAUGUCGACAGCUUCCCGAGUGCAAAAGAAGUCGAUCAAUCCGAGCUAUGGGGGAACUAUUCGAUCCCUAAAAACAACCCGUACAUCGACGACGAGGAAAUGCAGAAGGAAAUAUGGGCUUUGGGGCUACGAAAUCCGUGGCGCUGCAGCUUCGAUUCAGCGAGGCCAUCGUAUUUCAUUUGCGCCGACGUUGGACAGGAUCGAUAUGAAGAGGUCGACUUGAUCACUCGCGGUGGGAACUACGGUUGGCGAGCUUACGAGGGUCCUUACGUCUACAAGCCUUCGGGAGGAAAUGCUUCACUAGACGCAGCAAGGCUAAUCUUCCCGGCUGUUGGAUACAAUCACUCUGAAGUGAAUGUGAACGAAGGCUCGGCAUCGAUCACCGGGGGAUAUUUUUAUCGAUCCAUGACCGAUCCUUGUAUGCACGGAAGGUAUUUAUACGCCGAUCUCUACGGAGGUUCGAUAUGGACCGGCACGGAGCGCCCCGCCAACAGCGGCAACUUCAGCAGCAGCAAAGUUCCCUUCACUUGCGCACGCGACUCUCCGUUGAGCUGCAGCUUCACCGUGCCGGGGAAUCCACUUCCUUCUUUGAGCUACAUUUUCAGCUUCGGCGAGGACAACAACCGGGACGUAUACCUUCUGGCCAACAGCGGCGUCUACAGGGUUGUUCGAGCCAGCCGCUGCGGCUACAUGUGCACGACCGAGAACGAUUCGACCUCUGGCGUUGCUCGGGGCCCGGGUUCGUCUUCGUCUUCCUCUCCUCCUAAAAAUUCAGGCGUUUUGAGAGGUUUGUUCUUGCUGGUUUUCUUGAUGGCUUUGUUGUUAUUGUUUUGAUCAGUUUUGGCUGUUUUCUGUAAUAUGUUUUGCUAUCUUUGAUGCCUUAAAAUUGAGUUUUGUUUUGUUUUCAUUUGAAAUUGAAUUUUGGAUUUAAAUUUUAGUUAAAAUAGUUUGAGAUAAAAUGUUUAUUUUUAUGGGU